UGUUUCUCUUGUUUCACCGACAAUUACAGGGGCAGUGAUGGCUGGACUCACUAUGGAAUUGCAACCAUGAAAGGGCUUUGGCCAUCUUCAGAUUCUGCUGGGUCGUCCGUGGACUUGUCAAGCUACAAGCUUCGAGUUGGUGACUUUGCUCAUGCUUUUUUCUCCCUGAUCGUGUUUGCUGUGUUGUCCCUGUUGGAUAGCAACACAGUCAAGUGCUUUUAUCCUUCUUUCGAGUCCACUGAGAAGGUGUUGCUCAUGGUGUUGCCUCCUGCCAUUGGUGCAGUCUCGGGUACCGUGUUCAUGUUGUUCCCUAACAAGCGCCAUGGAAUUGGAUACCCUUCAAGUGAUUCUUCACAGGAUUCUUAGCGAUGAUGAAUACAUCUAUACUAUAAACAAAUAGGUUGCAAAAGUCUUGAGGAAAUUGGUUCCUGAUUUGCAGCUCUAUACCCUGAGAAUGCUUCGUCUUUGAAUUUGUAUGAUUGUUUAAGAAUAUAGAAGAGGGAGGAAUGGAUAUAUCA